CUUGCUUGGCUGCUUGCUUGCUUUUUUGUUGUUGUAGUAGCUUGUUUAUAGUUUUUAUUUUACAAAAACUAUAACACAAAAUAUCGUUGUAUGCUGAAGAUUUUGGUACAAAACUUCCAAGAAACAAAUGUUUUCUUCUGUGUGAUAUUAAUAAUUACGCAUCCUUUGUUUGUAGGAUUUUAUUGCUUAAGUUUUAAAUUCUUAUAAAAAUGCAGAGGUGCACUUUGUGUAAUGAAUACUAUGUGGGAGCUGAACAUGAAGUCACUGGAAAGCAUGUAAAGAAUAAAGCUCUUUACGAAUAUUCACUUUACCGAAAAGUGUUGAGUGGUAAUAAGAGAGGGAUAGCAUUUAAAUGCAAUGUCAGCUCAUCAGUCAUGACUGUUACUGAUUCCGAAGCAAAAAGUAUUCAGAUAUCUGCAAAACCAAACGAAGAGGUGAAAUUUUAUUUUCAUUUAUCUAAUGAAAACAGCAAUGGCUGCGUAUUUAUCAACUUCAUUCAAGUUCCUGCAAAUAACUUGAACUUCACAAUGAAUGAUCAUAAUCUAGGGUAUGGCUGUGCUCCGACUUGCGUAACACCAGAAUCAAAACUAAGGCAAGAGAUCUACGUCAAAUUUAAAUCUCCUCAUAUAGGAGAAUACAACAUGCCUAUUAUGGUCUCAUGUUAUAUUGAUACCCCAAAUGAUGAAGUUUUCUUCAUGAGGGAAAUGACUGUAUACGUAGAAGUGAACAACAUCGUACAUGAAACUAUUAACAGCCCCUACUCAAAUAAAGCAGUCAUGGCGGAAACUCUAAUUAGAACCACUAAAUCGCACAACAACGAAAACCAAGACGAGUUUCGCAUCCCCAAGAAUUAUAAGACAAUAUACGCACAUGGACUCAAAGUAAAACCAGAUUCCGCUGAAAAUAUCAAGUCAUUGGCGGAGGACAUAAGGAAUAUCUUCAGAACCGGAAUCACCCAAGAUAAUUACAUAAGAUUCUUUCACCAUCUACUGUGGUAUGAAGAGACAAUCGUCAGGAUUAACCUUAAGAAGUACAACAUGACUGGAGUGACUUUGGAAAGGGUUGGCGGCGACGCUUUGAAGUUGCUUGUGCCGGGGCUGGCAGAAAAACGUCCGUCUUUGCUGUUAGGUGACUUGGUGUUUGUAAAACCACAACAAACGGACGCUUUCAUGUUCGAAGCUGUGAUAUCCGAGAUACUCGAGAAUUAUAUCCACAUUAGGGGACUCGAUGAUCAGUUCUGGCAGUACUACGGGCCGUCUUAUAAGUACGACGUGCGCUUCUUCAUGUCUCGCAUGCCGCUGGAGCGAAUGCACUGCGCCGUGCACAGCGUCGUCAAACACGGCCACGAGGCGCGCGUGUUCCCGCAGCCAGCUACCCGAAAAGUUCCUAAGCCGAAGUCUAUCCAGAAUUACUACAACCUCCUCGUGGAGCAGAACCCCGAGCAACGCCUGGCCGUCGAGCAUAUAGUAGCGGGCACGGCGGGCCUGGCGCCCUACUUGCUGCACGGGCCGCCUGGCACCGGCAAGACUGUCACCAUCGUCGAGGCUAUACUGCAGCUUGUCAAUAAAGACAAUAGAAACCGCAUAUUGGUUUGCACGGAUUCCAACAUGGCGGCGGAUCACGUGGCCACGAUGCUGAUCCGGUACACCCAUAUGUUCCCGCACAACCUACUUCUGCGCGCUAACUCCAAGUACAGAGUGUGGGAGACCCUGCCCGAUUGCCUGAUAAAGUUCUCGAACGGUUCCGACUUUUUCAACUUCAGAAAUGUGUCCGUUGACGAGUUUCUGUCUUACCGCAUCAUCAUAGCAACGCUGUCUCACGCCGCCAAGUAUGUCAGGCAGUUCAGAGUCAUGAGGAACAAGCAUCCGAUCACGCAUCUGUUCAUCGACGAGGCGGCGCAGGCGAGCGAACCAGCGUGUCUCAUCCCGAUGUGUGGUCUUCUGGAGAAGAAUGGCUCUCUUGUGCUGGCAGGGGAUCCAUUGCAGCUGGGACCUGUGGUUAUUUCUAACAACGCGCGCUUGCAGGGUUACUACAACCUCCUCGUGGAGCAGAACCCCGAGCAACGCCUGGCCGUCGAGCAUAUAGUAGCGGGCACGGCGGGCCUGGCGCCCUACUUGCUGCACGGGCCGCCUGGCACCGGCAAGACUGUCACCAUCGUCGAGGCUAUACUGCAGCUUGUCAAUAAAGACAAUAGAAACCGCAUAUUGGUUUGCACGGAUUCCAACAUGGCGGCGGAUCACGUGGCCACGAUGCUGAUCCGGUACACCCAUAUGUUCCCGCACAACCUACUUCUGCGCGCUAACUCUAAGUACAGAGUGUGGGAGACCCUGCCCGAUUGCCUGAUAAAGUUCUCGAACGGUUCCGACUUUUUCAACUUCAGAAAUGUGUCCGUUGACGAGUUUCUGUCUUACCGCAUCAUCAUAGCAACGCUGUCUCACGCCGCCAAGUAUGUCAGGCAGUUCAGAGUCAUGAGGAACAAGCAUCCGAUCACGCAUCUGUUCAUCGACGAGGCGGCGCAGGCGAGCGAACCAGCGUGUCUCAUCCCGAUGUGUGGUCUUCUGGAGAAGAAUGGCUCUCUUGUGCUGGCAGGGGAUCCAUUGCAGCUGGGACCUGUGGUUAUUUCUAACAACGCGCGCUUGCAGGGGCUAGGGCUCUCGCUGAUGGAGCGCCUGAUGACGACGUGUCCCUUAUACGGCACGGAGGAGGCCGACAUGGAUCCUAAGUACACGGUGAUGCUGCGCAACAACUUCCGCUCCAACCCCGACAUCUUGGAGAUACCCAACCGGCUGUUCUACAAGGGGCAACUACGGGCUUUAGCGAUUGAGGACAAGAUAAGCAACGUCGACAUUCUGGGCGAGAAGAAGGAAAGCCGAGCCAUAGUAUUCCACGGAGUGCUUUCACAAGAAUCGAAAAUGGGCAAGUCACCCAGCUACUUUAACAACAUGGAAUUUGAGAUAGUACAGAUGUACGUAACAGCACUGUUAAAACGACACGGAAUACCGCCAGAAGACAUUGGCAUAGUGACGCCUUACAUUCGCCAGGUGUAUAAGAUUAAGUCCUGGCUGCUGAGCCAAGGACUGAAGACCCUGGAGGUGGGCACUGUGGAAGCGUUCCAAGGCAAGGAGAAACGCGUCAUAGUCGUUUCCACUGUGCGCGCUAGUUGUGGCUUGCUCGACCACGACGCCAAGUAUAAGCUCGGCUUCCUUGUUGAUGAUAAGGUGGGUGCACUCGAAUUUGUACCUUAUUGCUCUUGAGAUAGAACUCAAUAU